AUGGCAACGAAGCAGCAGCAAGCGGCAGUAGUGAAGGUAGGGUUGGGGUUGAUGGCAAUGUGUAUAGCAGGAUACAUAUUGGGUCCACCACUCUACUGGCACUUGAAAGAAGGAUUAGUUGCUGUCGCUCGAUCUUCUCCAAAUUGCUCUCCUUGCGUCUGUGAUUGCUCUUCUCAACCUCUCCUCUCCAUUCCUCAAGGAUUGAGCAAUGCAUCCGUCACAGAUUGUGCAAAGCAUGACCCAGAGGUGACCGAAGAUGCUGAGAAGAAUUUUGCAGAGUUACUAAAAGAGGAAUUGCAGCUGCGGGAAGCUGAAGCAGUAGAGAAUCAGCGGCGAGCUGAUAUAUCUCUGCUUGAGGCUAAGAAGAUGGCAUCCCAGUAUCAAAAGGAAGCUGACAAAUGCAAUUCAGGGAUGGAAACCUGUGAAGAAGCAAGGGAGAAAGCUGAAGCUGCAUUGGUAGGACAAAGGAAAUUAACAGCAAUGUGGGAGCUGAGGGCACGUCAGAAAGGAUGGAAAGAUGGGGUUGCCAAGUCCCAUGCCCAAUCUCAGGGAAAUGUCCAGUCCAUGUAA